AUGGCGGCGAAGCGCGAGCUGGUGGUCAGCUUCGGGGAGAUGCUGAUAGACUUCGUGCCGACGGUGGCCGGGGUGUCGCUGGCGGAGGCGCCGGCCUUCGUCAAGGCGCCCGGGGGCGCCCCCGCCAACGUCGCCAUCGCCGUCGCGCGCCUCGGCGGCGCCGCCGCCUUCGUCGGCAAGCUCGGCGACGACGAGUUCGGCCGCAUGCUCGCCGGCAUCCUCCGCGACAACGGCGUCGACGCCGGCGGCGUCGUCUUCGACUCGGGCGCGCGCACCGCGCUCGCCUUCGUCACGCUCCGCGCCGACGGGGAGCGCGAGUUCAUGUUCUACCGCAACCCCAGCGCCGACAUGCUCCUCACCGCCGACGAGCUCAAGGUGGACGUCAUCAAGAGGGCUGCAGUCUUCCACUAUGGAUCAAUAAGCUUGAUUGCCGAGCCUUGCCGGACAGCGCAUCUGCACGCCAUGAAGGUUGCCAAAGAGGCCGGCGCGCUUCUCUCGUAUGACCCGAACCUGAGGGAGGCAUUGUGGCCAUCCCUUGAGGAGGCUCGCACCAAGAUCUUGAGCAUCUGGGACCAGGCAGACAUUGUCAAGGUCAGCGAGGUCGAGCUCGAGUUUUUGACUGGCAUCAACUCGGUGGAGGACGAUGUCGCCAUGAAGCUGUGGCGCCCUACCUUUAAGCUCAUGCUUAUCACUCUUGGAGAUCAAGGAUGCAAGUACUAUACCAAGGAUUUCCGUGGAGCUGUCCCAUCCUACAAGGUACAGCAAGUCGAUACGACAGGUGCUGGUGAUGCAUUUAUUGGUUCUCUGCUCCGAAAAAUUGUCCAGGAUCCAUCGGCAUUGCAAGAUAAGACAAAGCUUGAGGGGGCGAUCAAAUUUGCCAAUGCAUGUGGAGCAAUCACCGCCACGAAGAAAGGGGCAAUCCCUUCGUUGCCCAAGGAAGACGAGGUGUUGCGGCUGAUGGAGAAGGCGUAG